AUGAAUGCCAAAAAUGCUUUCUCCUCCGACCGGUCGGCCGCAAUUUAUGCCUCGUCCGAGACUCCGAAUCGCGUUGUCUGGCAAUUCGGUCACGCCCCCCCUCAGCCUCCAACAUGGCUGGCUGUACCUGCAUUCAGGUGGCGGUCACCUUAA